AUGAAGCCCGCCCACAUCGCACUCCUUGCCCUGCUGGCGCUCCUGGGUGCCGCGCAUGCGGCCAGCUACGCCACUGUGGCUGACGCCGUCAAGGCGCUGCCCGAGCUGUCUACUCUGAACACCAACCUGCAAGGCACCAACCUGACCAAGUCGUUUGGGGACCCCGCGUUUGUCGGCACCGUCUUCCUGCCCACCAAUGACGCACUGACCUCCCUAUCUGACAAGGUUGGUGGUGACUUCAGCGCCCUGAUAGCCGACAACCCCGACCAGGCCUAUGAGAUAUUCAGCUACCAUGUCGUGCCCGGCCAGGCCCUCCUCAGCUCAGCCCUCAAGGAUGGCACGACCCUGAAGACCCAGAGUGGCGAGACGCUCGCGGUCACUAUUGCCAACGGCGUCGUGAGCGUCAAUGGCCAGGCGGUGUCCAAGGCCAACGUUGUGGCGGGCAAGGCCAUCAUCCACGAGAUCAACGGCGCCCUGCUGCCCCCGGACCUGGCGCAGCUGCUGGAUGCCUCUACCACCGACACCGCCGACCCCUUUGCCGACUUGACCGCCACCAAUGGUGACGCCGCUGCGGGUGCCCACAGCGAGGCCACCACCGGCACUGACGUCGCGGCGAUGACCACCACUGCUACCACUACCAAGUCGGCUGGCGCCUCCGCUACAGCUGGCUCGCCCAGCACCGCGGGCGCCACGGGCGCCACCAUUUCCGCCACCACCACCACCCCCACUACCUCCACCAAGAGCAGCGCAGCGGGCUCAGAGAGCGGCAGCGCUGGCGGCGUUGGCGAGGCUGGUGGCGGGCGCGGUGCGCAGGAGACCCUGGUGCGCCUGGCCAACGCAUUCAACGUGUUGACGGGUUAUGACACCAUAGAGCGCAUCAAGCUGCAAGUGGAGGCCACUGAUGCGCGGCUGGCGGCGCUCAGGCGGCAGCUGCAAGCGGCAAAGCACUCUUACGAAGAGCGGCUGGGGCACCAGCGCGCGCUGUCCAAGGAGAUGGCCCACCUGCUGCAGCGCAAGAGCUCCUGGGGCCCCUCAGACGUGGCUCGUUUCACCGACGUGUACGCCUCAGAGCACGCCAACGAGGCGGCUGUUGCCGAAGCAAAGGCAAGGUACGAGGAGGCGGGUGAGGCUGUGGAGCUGGCCCAGGCCGACCUGAUGCACAGGAUACGCGAGAGAUACACUCAGGAGCAGCUGUGGGGUGACAAGAUCCGCCGCGCCGCCACCUGGUGGACCUGGUCACUCAUGGGGCUGCAGGCUGCCGCAUUGGCAGUGGCGGGCGCGGCGGUGGGCGGGGCGCUGGCGCUGCUGGCGACCCUGCUGCUGGGCGCGGGCCGUGGGAGUGGCGGCGCCAGCAGCACGGGCAGCUCCCUGGGUGGGGGCAGCUGA